GUGGGGAGAAGAGAAAAGUUUGGAGAGGCUGGCGCAUGCGCGCGGGGCUUAUCUCGCCAGCCUGCAGCCGUGCGCGUGCAUUGACGUGCACCCAGGCUCGUGCGUGUGUGCCGCACACACCCCGCUCCUCAAGCGGACGACUAAACUCCUGAGCGAGGGUUGAAAAAGAGAAGACAGAAGGUCAACAAAGUGACGGCAGGCGACGGCACCGACAACAUCAUCGACCUGCCCGACACCAUUCGGUCGCUGACGUUCAGGAUGUCUACCAGCGCUCAGGGCGCCCCCUUCAAUGUGGUGCUGGCCGUGGACCAGAGCGAGUACAGCGAGUUCACCUUUAAAUGGUAUCUGAACCACGUGCACCGGCCAAACUACAUGCUGUACAUCGUACACGUGCCAGAACAUUGGGGAGAGAUGGGGCGCAUCAUGACUCCAAACAAACUGCAUGAACUCAUGGAACAAGCGAAAAAAAUGACAGAUCGACUUAAAGAAAAUUAUCUGGAAUGGUCUUUCCAACAUGGGGUCCCGGACGCCAAAUUCGCCUCCCCACAGGGUCACGAGACAUGGCACGAGAUCAUCAAAUAUUCCGAGAGCGUUGGAGCGGGGCUGAUAGUGAUUGGAAGCAGAGGUCAAGGCAAGCUCAAACGUACGUUUCUGGGCAGCGUGAGUGACAGCGUCCUGCACCACUCACACGUUCCAGUCCUCGUCUGUCGCAAUAAGGACGCCAGCCCGUGACUGUCCACAGGAUCUGACCCUGGUUCUCUGUUCUUUGCCUAUGAGAAUGAAGUGAUGUUAUGUGAAAACCUGAUUGUGUCGGUUCUGUAAAAACGUUACAGUCUGUGCAUAUAUAUAUAUAGAUGUAGUGAAACUGUCACUUCUGGAUAAUCAACAUUGUUUAUUUGUCAAUGGUAUUGUAAACAUCACACACAAAGGCGCAACUACGUUGAUGGUGUACUUCAUGAAAGUUUGCUUGAGAGCAUUUCACACAUUUUUAUAUUUGUCCGCGACAUCACCACAUCCUGAAGCUGCACAGACCUUCAAGUGGUACAUGGCUAAGUUGUUUUCGUUUUCAGACACCGCGGUUUAUAAGAAAAGUUUCUUGUCGUUAUAUCUUAAUCUGGACAUUACUUAGUCUUAACAAAAAAAAAAGUGUUUGAUUUGUCAGAUUAAUUUCUCACCUUUUUCACGGAAUUAGCCACCUGUAUUUCUUUAAUGAUCAGAUUUCCCUUAUGUAUUUUCUUCUUAUUUUCUACAGUCAAGAAAACGAAACGCUGAGCGUAAACAUAAAUACUACCCAGGACGCUUGUAGACAAAGGGGCGCAACCUCGCACAGUCUGUUACAUUACCGCAGUGAUAGUGAUCUCCCCUGGCACAGCAACCGCUUCAGAAUAAUUAUAUACCCAUAGACUAUAAAUAACAUAGUUAUUCUGUCAUAAUAUAAUAUAUUGUAGCAUAUUAUAACAUUAUAACAUAAUAAACAUACACACGCGAGUAUUUCACGUAUCAAGUUGAAAUACCCCUGUUACCGUGUCAGGAAACCAAUGGAGGUUUCUCGGGGUGGCGCGAGGAAAUGUUCGGGACAUUGAAACGUCAAAUUUAAAAAUAGGACGUUGAGUGAACUGAUGACGUCAUCACUGACGAUAUUUGUGGGAAAUGAUAACGUCACCACAGGAGUGUACUAAAUAUAGGAAACAAAAACCCUGAAACGAGUGAAGCAUAGAGACUUUGUUAAUUGCCGAUUCUACGGUAAAUAAGGUUAAUAACUAUUGUGUGCAACAGGGGCCACAGCCAAAAGAAAACGAUACUAUCAUACAUUCCUGAAACAGUCACGCAAAUCUUUUUCCUUUAUUGCUUUCUCAUUUUUGUCUUCGUUUUGUCCUCCUAAGUGUUCAUCAUGUCGCCAGGUGUCGUUUACGUCACAUACAGGUGUGUUGGUGAAGAAAAAAGAAACAAACAAAACAAAAAAUACGAAAAAACAAACAAAAAUGUUUAUUUUAAACCUUACGUUAAGGCAACGUUUAUUUCAGCACGCAUAUAAACUAUGUACAACAUGCGAGUUUGGUGUUUUGUAUUGUACCUAGUCACCACCUCCCGUCCCACCCCUACUUUAAGUUCCCGUAAUCUCUCAAUUUCAAAACCAAUUGUUGUAAUGUCUCCAGUCACCCGUCACCUGUUCCCCGUGUCCGCCUGUUGACAGGUCACGGGUCAUGUUGAUGUGUUUGGAAACGUUUAGAGCUUCUUGUUGUGCGGCUUAAGUUUUUUUUUUUUCGUGUAAUAUUUGUAACAGUGAUACUGAUAGCAUUUGUAACAUUUGGUUCCGGUGAUUUUUCACAUGUCCAUGAUUUCUUACAACGGCGCAAAUGUUCCCGAACCAAUAAUUAUGAUAAUCAUCAUCAUCACGUAGUCUUCAGUAAGCAGAAUGCAGAAAAUACAGAAGAGAUAACGGCGCACGUAGUGAGGUUUGUACAUAACACUUCGCUGCCAUCUACUCCGGCAGACCGCAAAUAACUACAGGUACAGUGAGUCCACCUCUUGGAUCUUGAUACUGCAAGAUGCAGGGUACAGGGUGACUGAUAAACUGAUGAAAGGACUGAAGAAAUCUGUCGGCACCCUUUUGAAUACAAAUCAAUGUGCCUUUACAGCUUUCUGCCUUGUGUCUUUUUGUUUAUUGACUGUGAAACUACUUGGCCAGCUCUUUGUAAUGAACUGAGCAUCACUUGAAUAUAACUAAAUAUUUACUCUAUGGGUGACUCAGUGAUGAAGAUAAGCUUAUCUGUAUUUACUGUUCUCUAUUUUUUAAGACUUCUUAGACAAGUCUGUAAUUCUUUUUUUUUUUUCCUUCUUCUUUCCUACGUCUGUUAAUUUCUUUAUCCAUUCUUUCUUCUUUUAUUUUUACUUCCUUUCCUUCUGUGUUUCUUACUUUGUAAAGUUACGUUAUCACAUUUUUUUAACAAAGGUAAUAUUGUAAUUUUUUGCCAUUAUUCUCAACGGCCACUUUGAAAACAAUGUCAAGUUUAAAAAAUCGUUGAGAAGAAAAUGAAUUUGUGCUGAUUAUGAACUUUUUUCGCGUAUAUGGGAAUAAAAAACGGAUUUCACGUGA